GGUAAGGGCGGGGCGUGUCCGAUUUUCGUUCGUUGUUGCGGCGCGUCACGUGAGCGGUUCCUUCUCCUAACGACGUCUAUAUUCUGUUUCCUAGAUGACAAACUAGAUGAUAAGAUGACAACCAGCAUGGCUGACCCGUUAGAUUUCGGUGAACAGCAACGAUUUGAUCAACUUCAUCAUCAACAGCUGGAGCAGAAGCUAUUUAAUACGGGCCCAAGAGCUUCAAGGACGCUACCGACAGCAACUUCCCAAAAUCUUCCUAGUGGUGACGGAUCAGCGUCUCUCCCAAUUGUAUGCCCUUCUGAUGUUGCUCUACAACCAUUCAAUGAGGAUAGCGUCGAUGGUCAAAUGCGUGUAUUUACUGCACCACUAGUGAAUGAGUGCAGCAAUUUAAGUAGUGCUGGCUCGAUUUCGGAUAGAGAACCCGAUGGAACGCCUGGGAGAUGCAAUCGCCCAGGCACUGAGAAGAAAUCCAUACGAAAGCGACGAAGAGGUGACGAAACGCCCAAGUCUGAAAGGAAGAUCACAGAUUUCAUAAGGGGUCAAACCAGUCCGAAGCGGUUUGCAGUCAAUUCCAAUGGAGACAAUUAUGGCAAUGAUAUAACGUCGUUGGGAGGAAGUGCGGGAACGCGUUGGAUGACAACAUCACCCACUCUAUCGAGUCGAAUUACUCCAACGAAUCCUCACUAUUCAUCGGACUCCAAUAGCAAUUCAAACCAAAGCCCUCCUACUCCUGCUGCGUCUUCACGAUUGCGAACUGACUGCGAAACUCAGACAGAUUUCGACGUAUGUUUUACGCUUUAUUCCUUCUACUUUGUGCAGCAGAAACGUUUCUUCCAGGAACUGAAUCCUGCCCCUCCUGAAGAGAUCACAAAGAGAGAUCGUUUAAUACAAGAACUUAGAAGCCAACUCAUUGAAGAGCAAAAUCGGACUGCAAACGAACGGCGAAAGAAUGAGUCUGCAAAAGAGGCUCUGAAACGGUUACUUAUAGAAAAAAAUACGAUGGAAAGGAAAGCAAUCCGUGAUAAGACAACAGAAAACACACCACGGAUAGGUCAGUAUAAGCUCGUUCGUCAUGGAGAUUCCUUCCGAGAAGUUUGGGUUGAUGGUUGGGCACAGGAAGAGCUCGACAAGAAGAUGCAACAGAUAGCAAAUGAAAGGAAUGAAAUAGCGAAUGCAUCAGCUUUGCUGAAGAAGCGAAAACCAGUUGGGAUAGCCAAAGAAGGAACAACGCCGAAAAGGUCGGCUGCGAAUUCAUUAUCGGCACAGCUAGCAGCGAUUCAAACAGAUGGAUCAAUACCAUCAACGUCAUCAGGUGACGAUGCUGUGUUCCGCCGACCUGAGGAGCCGAAAGAAAUCAAUUAUCAGGAGUACAUUGAAUUAGAUGAAAUUUAUAAGCUUCGUCGAGAGCAUAUGAAAAAAGAGGAGCUAGAAGUAUUGGCCGAAAAAGAAAAGUUGGAUCGAGAGAGACAACUUCAUUUGAGAGAACUCAAAAGGGCAAGUAACGAAAGAGAUUCACGCUAUAAGGAUCAUGAGAUGCUCAACAAGCGCUACUUGUUGCUUUCAUUACUUGGUAAAGGUGGAUUCAGUGAGGUUUGGCGAGCUUUCGAUCUUGAGGAGAAUCGUUUUGUUGCUUGCAAAAUCCACCACGUAAAUAAAGAGUGGAAGGAGGAGAAAAAGGCCAAUUACGUGAAACACGCUAUGAGAGAAAAGGAUAUUCACAAGACGCUUGAUCAUUGUCGAAUUGUGAAAUUGUUCGAUCUUUUUACUAUUGACAAUCAUUCGUUCUGUACCGUUCUGGAGUACUGUACGGGUAACGACCUCGACUUCUAUCUCAAGCAGAACAAAUGCAUUUCGGAGAAGGAAGCCCGAAGUAUCAUCAUGCAGGUUGUUUCCGCGCUCGUUUACCUCAACGAGAAGAAGCCUCCUAUCAUCCACUACGAUCUUAAGCCGGCCAAUAUUUUGUUGGAAUCUGGAACCACGUGCGGUGCUAUCAAAAUAACAGAUUUUGGACUCUCAAAAAUUAUGGAGGGCUCUUCUGAUGACGAUAGCAUCGAGUUGACAUCUCAGUUCGCUGGCACGUAUUGGUAUUUACCUCCAGAAACGUUUGUGGUUAGUCAUGCCCCACCUAAAAUCAGUUCUAAGGUGGAUGUUUGGAGCGUUGGUGUCAUCUUCUAUCAGUGUAUUUAUGGAAAGAAACCGUUCGGAAAUGAUCAAACGCAGCAGAAAAUACUUGAGGAAAACACCAUACUGAAAGCAAACGAGGUUCAUUUCCCCGCAAAGCCGCAAGUAAGUCAUGUAGCACAAGACUUCAUACGGCGCUGUUUACAAUACAAAAAGGAGGACCGAGCCGAUGUUUUCGAGCUUAUGAAGCACGAGUUGUUCCGACCACGAGGACAGAAGAGUGGACCACCAUCGUCACCAAGUAUUUCACGAAGUCUUUCAAAGGGAGAUGUUGAUGAGUGA